GAAGCGGCGGCGUGGCCUCCCUGCCUCCCACCCGCCCGCCUCAGCCGCCUUAGUGAGGCGACCAGAGAACUGUAAGAGUGAAGGGAGGCCCGUUGGAGAAGGACGAGCGGGGGGAGGCUUACCUUAGCAAGGACUCCCUUCCUCACCUGGGGAAGGCAGGGAUAUUCUCGUCACUCCUUUUAUUCCUCUUCCACCGCCGCAGCAGAGAUGAAGUAUACUGUAUUCUGCGGCUGGUUGCCUCAGAAGCUGUGAGAAAACCCAGAGGGUGUUUAGGGGUCGGGGAGAGAGCUAAGUACUCUCGUGCCAGUGUCUCUGGUUAGCGAAAACCGAGAGUAUCCCACGCCCUGUCCCAGCCUUCCCACCCCGGCUUUCAGAAAGGGCUAGGGGAGUCUCAGCUGAGGUUAAAAUAAAACUUUCGUGCUCUAAACUUUUGGGUUUUACAUUAGGUUUCACUACGUUACUGCCUUUUAUGGUUCUGAAUUUGUUUUGUGACCUUCCCAGAGUAUGCUAGUGGACCUUACCGAACUGUAAUUAAAAGUGUGUGGUAUAGCAGGAAGUGAAAAUCCAUUAUUUUGAACGAAUAAAACUAGGUGAAGAAAUCUGGCCCACUUGUUAGUCAGUUGGCCAAAGAACAUUUGGAGAAUAUACAUUAAAGCUUUGGCAAAGCUCCCUGUGCUAAGUGCCUCUGCGUCUAUGAUAGCUUUCUUUUCCUGCUGUUGCAUGCUUGAACUCCCCUAUAUGAUACUAUGUUGGCAGAACAAGCCCAGAAGUGGUUCCCAACUCAUGUGCAGGUCACGGUUCUUCAGGCCAAAGACCUGAAGCCGAAAGGCAAAAGUGGCACUAAUGAUACAUACACUAUUAUACAAUUGGGAAAGGAGAAAUAUUCCACCUCAGUGGCAGAAAAGACCCUGGAUCCCAUAUGGAAAGAAGAGGCCUCAUUUGAGUUGCCUGGAUUGCUGAUGGAAGGCAAUUCGGAGAAAUAUAUCCUCUAUCUGAUAGUCAUGCACAGGUCUCUUGUUGGACUUGAUAAGUUUCUGGGACAAGUGGCGAUAAAUUUGAAUGAUAUCUUUGAGGACAAGCUAAGAAGGAAAACAAAGUGGUUUAGUCUAGAAUCCAAACAAGGGAAAAGAAGUAAAGACAGAGGAGAGAUAAAGGUUAAUAUUCAGUUUAUGAGGAACAACAUGACAGCAAGUAUGUUUGACCUCUCAAUGAAGGACAAAACUAAAUCUCCCUUUGCUAAACUAAAGGACAAAAUGAAAGGUCGCAAGACUGAUGGGACAUUUUUGGAUACAUCUUCUGCAAUCAUUCCUAGUACUCGUAUGCCAGAAAUGAACACGGUAACUUCUUUCAGCGAAAUGCAGUUGAAAUCAAAGCCAAAAAAGCAUUUUCUUUUGGGGCCUCAGCGACUGUCUUCAGCUCAUUCAAUGUCCGAUUUAAUUGGGCCUCAGGUGACUUCAGAAAAAAUUAAAUCAGGCACAGUUGGCAACACAUACCUCUUCAGACGUCAGCUUGACUCUGCUGGUUCCAUGGAUGAAAGUGGAAAUCUAAAAUCUCCACACAGACGGACAUUAAGUGCAGAUACUGCUAAAGUGAACCAACUUGACAGCACAGUUGAUGAUGGUGACUCAGCUUUUGGAGCACAAAGUGACCCUUUUACAAAUGUGACUGCUUCAUUACCUCAGAAGUUUGCGACAUUGCCAAGGCAGAAAAAUCCUUUUGAAGAAAGCCCUGUGUCAUGGGACCAAAGUAUAGGUCUGUUUUCAAAACCUGCCGAAAUUAAAAAAGAUAUGAAGAAAGAGAAAAAGGAGAAAGUUAGUCUCUUUGAAAGAGUAACCGGGAAAAAAGAUAGUAAACGGUCAGAUAGACUCAGCAAUGGAGGAUCAGAUGGUUCCAGCGAAUUGAAAUCACCUAGUGCUUUUGGUGACAGUCAACCGGACAGUUUCGAUUUUGAUUCAACUAAUCCCUUUACAACAAACUUCAAGCUAACAAGUGUUCUGCCAUCUUCUAGUCUUAAUGUGAAUCCUGGAAAUAUUGAAGAUCUCCGGAAAACAAUGGAUGGAAAUCCUUUUGAUGUUGCUGCAGGAUAUCGUAACCUUACAUAUGAAGAGAUCUUACAGGAACUAGUGAAACAUAAAGAACAACUGAAGAAGAAGGAUACUCAUAUUCGUGAACUUGAGGACUAUAUUGACAAUCUUCUUGUCCGAGUAAUGGAAGAAACUCCUAGUAUUCUCCGGGUGCCAUAUGAACCUUCUCGACGAGCUGGCAAAUUUUCCAAAAGCUAAGCCAAUAACAAUACUUUGUGGUAUUUCUGUAAUAGGAUGGACUUUUUAACUGCAGCAUUUUGAUAUCUUAAUUCCCAUUAUCCACUCUUUUCAUCCUGAGAGCAUUCGAUGCCAAACAUUGGCCUGCAGUCUGUACAUGACCUAUAUAAUGUUAAACAAAAGUAAACUUUCCGUUGCAUUAAAACAUUUCUUUUUUGCUUAAGCAUUUACUUGCAGGUGUAUCUUGUUUUAAAUAUUAUACUUUAGCUUGUACAUGGUUGUAAAGUUACGAGCCCAUACUUGAAUAUUUGUUUUGCACUUCAGUCAGUGUUUUGAAGCUACAGUAUGCUGUCAAAGUGGAUGCGCACAAGUAGGAUGUAUUUUGCAGCUCUGAACAUGACAGAACAUGUGAUAAUGUAAGACUUUAUUGUAAACAGUUUAUGACUAGGAAUCACAAAUGCAUACUUAAUAAGGAAGUGUCCUUUUGCAUAAAGCUGUUGACACUAUUGAUUCUGGAAUAAAAUAUGUUUGACUUGGUUACAUUUGUAACUUUUUAAGGAAUUUGGGCUUUUGAAAUGGCAACUAGUAAGUUAUUAAAAUCUGUAGGAAUAUAGCAGGAGCUGGAUCUAUAAGAAUAUAGUAUACCACUUGUAUGAACAUGCAAGUAUACAUUAAGAUUGUAUAAAUAAAACAAAAGAGCAUAAUGAAUUAAUGCCUUAUUUGAUUAAUGUCUGCAUGUACUAGGGAAGUUAAGGCUAUCAAAGACAUAUUCUGAAGAAUUAGCAUGUCAGCAUAUAGGUUCUUUUCUUGGCUAUUCUAUAUUUGAAACCAGAAAUGGAAAUAAUGUAAACUUGUUAUUGAUCUAGGUGAUUGAUUUUUAAGAUAAGCUGCAGGGUUAUUGUUUUUCUGUGAUGAAAUUAAGCAAAUGUCCUCCACUUAAGAAAGAUAGUUGUAUUUGAUUAAGCAUGUCCCUAGCUAGGUAACAUUUGUGUAGACUGUUCUGUUGUUGUGUGUCUGUUCAAAGUGGCAAAAUGCAAUUUCUAAUGGAAAACACUACCAUAAGGGGAAUAUUGUUUACUAUACCAGUAAUCCAAAAGUGGUAAUUUUAAUUUGCUUUAUAAAAGACUUUAAACAGAGUGUUUACUAGUGUGAAAUGCAAAAUAGGCUCAGACAUAAGGUAGAUGGGGUGUUAAGAAGAGGGUGUUUUAUUUUUGCAUUUUUGUAAAUCUUUCCUUGCUUGGUUAAUUUGCUUUUUUAGGACAAAAGGAGGUCUUUCCUGAACAGGAGAAACUGAAGAAUAUGAAAUAGUUUCCCAUUUUUAGAUGAUACUUAUUCAAAUUGUUUUUGAUUUCUUUUCUCUGUUAAUGUGUCAACAAUUUUGUCUUGAUCAAAGCACUCUUUUCACUAGAACUGAACAGGACUGAUUUGUCUUGGGAAGAUGCUGGGGGGGGGGACACACUGGUAUUUUAAAUAUCCUCAGUCAUAUUAAGCAAAAUAGUGUGAAAUGGACAGAGAUCCAUUUGUUUCAGUGGUCUUCAUUACUACUUCUAUAGUGGUUUGUUGGCUACUAAUUAAUGAAUCUUAAUAUAAGGAAUACUGAUGCCAUGUCUUAGAAGGUAGGGGUCCCCCCCCCCCCAUGUAUUUCGAGUAUACAUGUUUUUACUUUGUUCUGUCAUACUUGAGUGCCAAAGGAUAUGUUCUAAGCUAUUUUCUGUGUUUUGUCAUCAUAUGCAUUUGAAGUAGACAUUUACCUUGUAUAAACCAGAAUGUAUUUUAAAAAUCCUUUGCUCAUGUAAAGCUUUACAGAUGUUUCACAGAACCAUAGUUUAGAACUUCCUCUCAUGGUAUUGGAAACAACUGACCCAGUUUCAACUUCCAUUAUAUGUGAGUUUAUUGUACCUCUUCAGUAAAUGUUCCUGAAGUACAACCACAGAAUUCUGUACUCAUGUUGUUCUAAACUUUUAAUCUCUAUGAAUUUUCAGAUUAUUUUUAUUAGAAACUUCAUAGGAAAAAUGAAACUGCUUGGAUAUGGAAAGUUUGACCUAUGUAGGUUAUAAGAUUUUUAACUGAUCUGCUCUGAAGCAUUGUCAUAUGCGCUACAAUCCAGUUUUUCUGUCUGAAAUGUAAUUAAACUCAUGUAUCUUUUUAUUCCCAGAAUCAGAAGAUAAGACAUGUAUCAUAACAAAAAUAGGCAUAAUACAAUGUUUACAACAAAAAAGCUUUAUCACUUUUGUAUACAAAGGAUGACACAAGCUGUUUUGACUAAAUAUAAUUUUAAAUGCUGAUCUUUAUUCUCUGAGCACUGGACACCCUCUAUGUACGCAGUCACUGAGGUCACAGGAGAGGCACAGGACAGCUUUAUAUGCAUAUCUGCUUACAGUAACACCCACCAAUUCCCAGCUAUAGUAGAAACAAUGAGUGACCACCUGGGGCAGCAGGUUGGUUGUGCCUGUACCUCCUUGUGCAAUGCAACUCUGAAUACACUCUUAGUGAUACCUCACUCCAGUAUUAGUGGGUCCCCAUAUUCUGUGAUUUCUUUUUAAAACAUAUCCAAUAUUCAUUUUAGUAUGAAAUAUUGUCUUCAACAAUAUUCCAUACUUACCUGCAACAAAAAAUAGUUGUUAGGUCCUAAAAUUUAGGAGCUUCGAAGUUCUUUCUCCUAUGUUACAUACUGUUUAUUUCCCCAAUGGAUAAUAUUGAAAAUAUAUGUAUUGAACACAUUCCUGUAUAUUUUUGUUAUGAAAAAAUAGCAUGAACAAAUUACUAUGAAUCAUACAUAUUUUAUUAUUUUUAAAAUAGUACUGCCUACCAGCAUAAUAGCGAGUACUUUUAACAGAUUAUAUGAAGGUCAUUUUUGUGAAAGUUGCUAUCAUCAAAAAGAAUGCUUAAUAUUAUAUCACUUUUAGCUGCUGUAUUUUUUAUGUUGAACUUGAUUGUUGCUUCCCAAUGAAUGUCUAAUUGUUUGUAGAUUAUACUUAACAACAUCUAGUGUUGGCUGUAAAUCAAGGGCUAGUUUUGAUGUUCCAGGUAUGAAAAUUUUGCCUUGUAUUUGUACAUUUUUUGACUCAAGCAUUUUAAUGAGUUGUCCUUCCCCCACCCCGCUCAAGUUCUUUGUUCAAUUAGUUCAUUAAAAGAAUUGAAGCAUAUAUCUUAGAAUAUAUUUACUGCUGCACUGCAAUAUUAUUUACAGCGGUAUAUUUUAAAAAUGUAAUGUAAAAAAGGGUCUUCCCUCAAGCUCAGCCCCAUGCAUCCCGAACAAUUGUAGUAGUGAUAAAACUGAAAAUGUAUGCAUUUCAAAAUAUGCUUAAUGUAUAUCAGAUUCUUUCUCUUUCAAAACAACUGAACAUGGAUCACAGCACUGGUAGAUGAGAAUGUCUGAUGUAAGUUCUGUUAAGCUAUUCUUUUCUAUGUAUUCUAAGUGCUGAAUAUGAAAAGCAAGAUGUGCAGAAGCCUGAAUUGCAUUCCUAAAUCCCCAUUUGUGUGUGUCCAAAUUGACUAUAGGUAUAGUUCCAAACAGUAUUUCAUAUGCAACAGCUAUUGCACUUUAAUUGAUUGACUUUUUUAGGGAUUUUCAAACUGAUUUCUGUUAAAGAAGGUACCUGUGCCUGAAGCAUUGUUGUCCCUUUCUUGAUCCUUCAGAUUCUUUGUUCAAGGACUCUGCAGUGUUUAAAAUUCAUUUUGUUACAAAUGGUACAACCACUUCAUUCAUCAUAGAUGGUUUCAGAUUAUAUGUAUUUGGUACCAUAAAAUGCCACACGUUAUAGAGCUGUAUAGCAAGCCUACAAAAGAUACAAGCAUGGCUUCAAUAAACAAGGGUUCAUUAGUUUUUGUGCAAUGACUAUCAUUUGUAUUUUUUGCAAGAAUGGAAAGUCACAAUUUAUGUGGCACCUCUGUGAUCAAAAUGAUGAAAUGCAUGAACUAUUAUUUUGGUUGCAUUCAUAAACUUGAACACUUUUUAUUUAAUCAAAAUUGUAAUCUUAAGUUUAGAUUUAUUCCCAAUUGUUGCAUGUCAAAUACCAAUAAAAUGCCACUGUGCACUCCA